GUGACUGGUUAAAUAUAUUUGUACAUUUAGCAAAACAGCUUGGAUAUAUAAAUGCCAGUAAUUCAAAAAAUAACAUUUAUUAUUGGUUUAACCUAAAAUUACAAGAUUUUUGGAUAUUUUGGUUUAGUUCCUGCAUGAUUUCUUAUUCAAUAUACUUUGUAAUAGGAGGAUUUUUACACUGGUACUACUAUGUACGACAAAGGCAUCGAGCAGAAGAAUGGAAAUGUCAGCCAAAAAAUUGGUUGUCACCAGAACUAGAAACGCAUGAAAUUAUCUUGGGUUCAACUACAUUAUUUUUAAACGCUUCUAUGUCUGCCGUAUUGGCGUGUCAUAUAGCCAAUGGUGGUUAUUCCACUGUGUAUUAUGAUAUUCCUCAAUAUGGAUGGAUGUGGUUCGUUCUUCAAUUUCCAGUGAUAUUUAUUUAUCAA